UAACUAAAUCAAGCUCGGAGAAAUAACCUGGCGUUUUGUGGAAAAUCUAGGCCCUACCACUUAACCAACCACCCCCUUUCCGCACCAAAACCGAAAAAUUAGACCAUUACUUAGUUGAAAUAUAAUAAAAAUCUCAACAUGGAUCAAUAUCCCGACGAAGAGGAAGAAUUCGAGCUUCGUUAUCAGGAGGAAUUGGAAAUGUUAGAAGAGUUGCCCCCUGCCGAAAAUGAGCUCUUCGCGCCUUCCACUUCAAUCAAUUCCAACAACACUUUCAAUUCCGUAAAUAGAAUCGAUACAAUCAAUUCUCCGCAACUAUCACAAAUCUCAACCGGGAGCAACACGGGUAAUUUAGUUAAUCGGCGACUAUUUGGUACACCUAGUGGUCCACAAAAACGUAUUUCAUCAACCCCACUUGCAACAAAUAAACAGCGGGCGGCGCUGGCGCCUAUAGACGAAGUAGUGUGCUUGACGCCAUUACCAGAAUGUGAACCAGUAGAUGAAUUCAAUGAAGAACCCAAUGAACCCGCGCUCGAGUUGCAGGGCAUGGGAUUGCGCAAUAAGCGACGCCUAGAACGUGAUCUCUUUGGUGACAUAGAUGAUUUGUAUCAAAAUGAAACAUACGAAGAUCCUGUUGCCAAAAAAGCGCGUACCGAAGAGGAACGUGAUAUGGAAAUGAUUCAAAAAAUACUAGAAACACGCCGACAGUUGCAGGAGGUUAAUAAAGCUGUACGAAAAGACGAUUUGUCCCGUUUAAGAGCACUGCAUGACUUCAAAAUGCGUAAUAUGUCGUACACAGUACCGCAGUGGCCGUUUCAGGUGUUGCAACGAGGGGAGCAUGAGCGCAUUUUUGUUCGGUUUCAUUCAGAGGAGUAUGAAGCUCGUGCGCUGGAGGACAUUCGCGCUUUGACGCAGUUUGAUGGCUUACUAGGUGAAAAUAAGCAACGCAUAUGGGCUGAAGCAAAUGAAAUUGUACUCAAACGUACGGCUACACCCUCGCAGCAACAACAACAGGAUGCGCAACCGCAAGCAGCAACCACAAGCACAAGUUCAACAGCGCCAAGAGGAAACCAGUCAAAUCAAGAAGAACAAUUGUGGGUGGAGAAAUAUAAGCCGCGCAAAUAUAUUGAUCUGCUGUCUGACGAAGCGACAAAUCGCAGUUUAUUGUAUUGGCUUAAAAUGUGGGAUAAAGUGGUAUUUGGCAGAGAAUUCAAAAAGAAAGACCAACCGAAUGCCAACAGCAGUAGCCACAAUUUAAAUACAUUUAAUAAACGCACGGGUAAAUUCGAAUCGAAUGGCGGUUGGCGUAAGAGAAAAUUUCAACAAAUGUUGGAUACCAAUGUGGAUGAGCAUGGUCGGCCUAUGCAAAAAGUCGCUUUGCUUUGCGGUCCACCGGGACUGGGUAAAACCACGCUUGCGCACACAAUUGCACGACAUGCCGGCUAUGCUGUGCGCGAAAUAAAUGCUUCCGACGAUCGUAGUCCAGAAGCUUUCAAGCAAGCACUGGAAAAUGGUACACAAAUGUCAUCAGUACUAAAUGAAGAUCGGCGCCCAAAUUGCAUUGUGCUUGAUGAAAUCGAUGGUGCACCCCGUCAGUCGAUUGAAUUUCUAGUUAAAUUCGUGAGCGACAAUGCGGUAAACAAAGCGAAAGCUAAAGCCAAAGGCAAAGCGGAGCGCAACAUUCUUAAACGUCCAAUCAUUUGUAUUUGCAAUGAUAUUUAUGAGCCAGCGCUGCGACCCUUGCGUCAAAUAGCAUUUGUUGUAACAUUUCCACCCAUAGAGGCCUCACGGUUAACAGAGCGACUUCUUCAAAUAGCGCAAAGGGAACGCAUGAAAUCCGAUUUUAGUGCAUUGUAUGCAAUGGCCGAGAAAUCGGGUAAUGAUGUACGAUGCUGCAUAUCAACACUGCAGUUCUUCAACGCGCAGAAAAAAGCCUUAACGCUGCAAGAUGUGCUUAAUGCCAACUUGGGACAAAAAGACCGGCAACAAGGUUUAUUCGAUGUAUGGGGUGCUGUAUUUAGGAUACAACGUCCUCGCAAGCAACUGGGGAAAUCCAAACACACCGACAAUGCGGAUGAUGUUGAAAUCACAAUGACUGACAUGUCGAUUAGUACACGCGUGCGCCAUGUAUUAUAUGUUGUCCAUGGUGGCGGAGAUUAUGAACGUCUAACGCAGGGUGUUUUUGAAAACUAUUUGCAUCAGAAAAUGCCAGAUCCCAACUUGACUGCUGUCGUUGAGGCAACAAAGUGGUUUAGCUUUAUCGAUCUCGUCCAAAAUCAAAUUAAUCAUCUGCAGAACUACACAGUUUAUCCUUAUUUGCAGUUUGGUUUCGCCGCCUGGCAUUUAAUGUUUGCCUCACUUGCUUGGCCGAAAAUAAACUUUCCCACAAAAGGCUUUGAGUUCAGACAGAAGAGCAUCACCCAAAGCAACAUUUUUCAAGCUUUUCGUAAGGGUAUUUCUACGGGUAUGCAUGGUCUGGGGCAGGGUCAUGUCAUUCUAGUGGACACUGUACCAUUACUCAAGCGCAUUUUAUCGCAAUUUCGUUCGGUGGCCGUACAAUUGCUGUCUCAAAGAGAACGUGAUGAUCUCUAUCAUGCCGUUACAGUUAUGGCCGAUCUUGGAUUGACAUAUACGCAAGUGAAGGCGGCUGAAGGUUCAUACGUCUUUCAAAUGGAACCCGAUCUGGAUGCUUUGGCACAAUUUCCGGGCUAUAUUGGUGUUACAUUGAACUACUUUAGUCGGCAGCUGGUUGCGCGUGAAGUGGAGCUAGAACGCAUACGUCGUUCAACGCCACGUUUGGGCGCUGAAACGAGUAGUAAGUCAACUACCACUAAUGGUGCUGGUGCUAAUAAAGAUGCUGAAAAACGUCUGCCAAAUCAUUUGCAACGUCUAAAGGCCAAGCAAGUCGAUAAUAAAAAUGCAAAUGCCAAGAGAGAUGUCAUUUCAAAGGACUUCUUUGGACGCAUACAGCAUAGAACGGCUGGUGGACAUCGAGAUGAUUGUAAAACGGAUGCUAUUGUUAAAAGCCCCAUCUGGUAUCGCUACAAGGAGGGUUUCAACAACGCUGUACGCAAGGAUAUUCAUAUGCACGAGCUGCUUUAAUCGGGCACAUCUUUUUCAACAGAUGUUUUAAGGCGAUAACAAAGCCACAAUCUAAAUUUAUAUUUAACCUUUUAGGUUAAAAAGCUGUCGUGGUGAUUCUUUUCCAAAAUCGGACAUACAUUUUACUUCUAUUAAAUCGCUAAUUUAUUUUUUUUAAGCAAGCAAAAUAUGUAU